CUCCUCUCCCCUCCUCCUCUCCUCCUCCUCCUCUCUUGACUCUGAGCACAAGCAUCAUCAUGCUGAGCCUUAAACCCUCCAUAAAUCCCGCACCAAAAUCCUUGUUUUCUGAUAGAGAAUCUCUUUCUUCUGUUGCUAUUCUCAGCUUAACCCCUCAAUCCCCAGCUCUUGCAGUCCCAAAAUGCUGUUCAAUCCUCACUCCGAGCUGCAGAAAGAGGAGGGACCAAACCUCUCGUUUUCAUUCAUUCUGUAGGCCAAAUUCUGCAGCGAAUGGCGCCGUUAUUUCCAAUGUGGAUGAACAAAAUGAGGUCGAGGUUGCAAAAGGGUAUACGAUGACCCAAUUUUGUGAUAAGAUGAUUGGAUUCUUCAUGCAUGAGAAACCCGAAACAAAAGAUUGGAGGAAGCUCUUGGUGUUCAGGGAUGAAUGGAAAAAAUACAAAGAGAGCUUUUUCAAUAGAUGUCAGGCUCGUGCAGAUAAUGAGACAGACCAAGCUCUGAAGCAGAAAUUAGUCAUGCUUGCUAGGAAAGUUAAGAAGAUAGAUGAUGAGAUAGAGAAACAUACAAACCUUCUCCAAGAAAUUCAAGACAACCCUACAGAUUUAAAUGCUGUUGUUGCAAGACGACGCAAGGACUUCACUGCAGAAUUUUUCCGCCACCUCAACGUAUUGGCAGACGCUUAUGAUCAACUUGAGGAUAAAGAUGCAAUGGCUAGACUUGGAGCUAAAUGCUUGUCGGCAGUUCGUGCUUAUGACAAUGCAUUGGAGCAGUUGGACACUCUGGAUGUUGCUCAGUCAAAAUUUGAUGAUAUUCUGAACUCUUCUUCACUUGAUGCUGCAUGUGAAAAGAUAAAGCGCCUAGCUAAAGCAAAGGAACUAGAUUCAUCCUUGAUUCUUCUGAUAAAUAGAGCUUGGGUAGCAGCAAAAGAGUCUACAUCAAUGAAGAAUGAGGUCAAAGACAUCAUGUAUCAUAUAUAUAAAGCCACAAAUAAAAGCCUUAAAAGCAUAGCACCACCUGAGAUAAAGCUACUCAAACACUUGUUGAACAUUACAGACCCAGAGGAGAGGUUUUCAGCUCUAGCUACUGCUUUCUCUCCAGGAGACGAGCAUGAGGUCAAGGACGUUGAUGCGUUGUACACGACGCCGAAGGAGCUGCACAAAUGGAUCAAGAUCAUGCUGGAAGCGUACCAAAUGAACAAGGAGGAAUCUGAUAUAAUGGAAGUUCGGCAAAUGAGUGAUCCAAUGGUCAUCCAGAGACUUUCCAUUCUCAAGGAGACGAUCGAGGAAGAAUACUUGAAACAAGAUAAAGAGAAGAAAGAGGACUCUGAACCAAAAGAGUAAAGCCUCAGGGUGAUGGGGAACCCAGAUUUUUUUGUUUUUGUUUUUAAUGUUCUGGCUCUGUUUGCAUAUAUUCACAACCAGUGGUCUGUGAGCUGUUUAAUGUAACAUCCAUAUGCUGAAUUCUGUCUCUCUGGGGGGAAAUGAGAACAUGAGGGAGGAAACAAAAAUCCCUCUACUCCUUGUGUUUCUUUUUUCGAUUUUUUUUGGUGCUGGGGAAUAUAACGAGAGAGGUGUAUGUAUAUGUAUAUGUAUAUUGUAGUGGCCAGUCAUAUAUGUAUAUUGUAGUGGCCAAUGACUGGCUUCAACAGUUCAGAGAGAUUAGUAAUUGAAGUUGUAACCUAGAUUGUUAGGCAAGUGUGAAACUUAUCUAAACAGUAACCAGUCAUCAAUU